UUUCCACUCCUCCAAAGUGACGGCGUGUGUGAACUCCCAACUCGGCCGUGUGAACCGGGAUGCAGGGGAGGGGAACCGUGAUGCUGCUGCGCUUCUGAACAUGUUUCUCUUACCACCGGGAAACCAAUGUUGGCUGUAUCUCUUAACAUAUAUCUCACUAUCAGCAGUACAGCCCGCAUGAUAGAGCUCCCUCUGCUGAAUUUUUGCCGGUUUUUUUUUUUAAUAAAAAAAAACCUGACGUUUGAGUAGGAGCAGCAGCCCCGCAGGGAGAGGAGAACUAUCGGCCGCUUGACAGGUGCCGUCGCCCGGCUCUGCGUGGAGAGAUGCCGCCCGUCCAAAGAACCGUGUCCGAUCUUCGCACGCGCGCGGAGGGAUACGAAAAGACGGAGGACACGUCAGAGAAGACGUCCUUAGCUGACCAAGAAGAUGCCCGACUAAUAUACCUCAACCAGACGCAGUUCACAAAGUUUUGCUGCAACCGAGUCAGCACGGCUAAAUAUAAUGCACUCACCUUCCUUCCCCGGUUCCUCUACUCACAGUUCAGGAGGGCAGCCAACGCCUUCUUCCUCUUCAUUGCACUCUUACAGCAAAUCCCAGAUGUGUCUCCUACUGGUCGCUGGACCACACUGGUGCCGCUGCUCUUCAUCCUUGUGGUGGCUGCUGUCAAGGAAAUCAUUGAGGAUCUGAAACGUCAUAAAGCUGACAAUGUUGUCAACAAAAAGGAAUGCCAAGUAUUGAGGAACGGUGCCUGGGAAAUCGUGCACUGGGAGAAGGUGGCUGUUGGCGAAGUAGUCAGAGCUGCAAACGGGGAUCACCUACCGGCUGACCUCGUCAUUCUGUCAUCCAGUGAACCACAGGGCAUGUGCUACAUCGAAACAUCGAACUUGGACGGGGAGACGAACCUGAAAAUCAGACAAGGUCUCCCAGUGACUGCAGACAUAAAGGACAUCGACAGCCUGGUCCGUAUCUCGGGGCGGAUGGAGUGUGAGAGCCCUAACAGACAUCUCUAUGAGUUUGUUGGAAACAUCCGUCUGGAUGGACACAGCACUGUGCCACUGGGUCCAGACCAGAUCUUGCUGAGGGGAGCGCAGCUGAGGAAUACACAGUGGAUCCACGGUGUGGUGGUUUACACUGGACACGACACAAAGCUCAUGCAGAAUUCCACAAGGCCUCCUCUGAAGCUCUCCAAUGUGGAGCGUAUCACCAACUUCCAGAUCCUGGUGUUGUUUGGCUGUCUGCUGGCCAUCUCCCUGGUCUGCUCCAUCGGUCAAACCAUCUGGAAGUACCAGUACGGCAAUGAUGCCUGGUACAUGGAUCUCAACUAUGGCGGGGCGGCUAACUUUGGCCUCAACUUUCUCACCUUCAUCAUCCUCUUCAACAACCUGAUCCCCAUCAGUCUCCUGGUCACACUGGAGGUCAUCAAGUUCAUCCAAGCCUUUUUCAUCAACUGGGACACUGAUAUGCUCUACGAGCCCACAAACACACCUGCCAUGGCUCGCACGUCCAAUCUCAAUGAAGAAUUGGGCCAGGUGAAAUACAUCUUCUCUGACAAGACGGGGACUCUGACCUGCAAUGUCAUGCAGUUCAAGAAGUGCACUGUCGCGGGUGUGGCCUACGGUCACGUCCCUGAGGCAGAGGAGGGUAGUUUUGCAGAGGACGACUGGCACAGCACACAAUCAUCGGAGGAGGCUGGAUUUAAUGACCCGAGCUUACUGGAAAACCUCCAAAGUAAUCACCCUACAGCUGCUGUCAUCCUGGAUUUCAUGACCAUGAUGGCCAUCUGUCACACUGCAGUCCCAGAGCGCACGGAGGACAAAAUCACCUACCAGGCAGCAUCUCCAGAUGAAGGAGCUCUGGUGAGAGCAGCACGGAACCUUGGCUUUGUGUUUUCCGGUAGAACCCCGGACAGCGUCUUCGUGGAAUUGCUCGGUACAGAGGAGAAGUACGAGCUGCUUCACGUGCUGGAGUUUACAAGUACAAGGAAGAGAAUGUCAGUCAUCAUGCGCACCCCAUCUGGGAAGAUCCGCCUCUACUGCAAAGGAGCCGACACAGUGAUCUAUGAUCGCCUGGCAGACAGCUCUCGGUACAAAGAGAUCACACUGAAGCACCUGGAACAGUUUGCCACUGAGGGGUUGCGCACACUGUGCUUUGCCGUGGCUGACAUCAGCGAGUCGUCCUAUCAACAGUGGCAGGAGCUCCACCACAGGGCCGGCACCUCUCUGCAGAACAGAGCCCUCAAACUGGAGGAGAGCUAUGAACUGAUAGAGAAGAACCUGCAGCUCCUGGGGGCCACAGCAAUCGAGGACAAACUCCAGGAUAGGGUGCCCGAGACUAUAGAGACUCUGAUGAAGGCUGACAUCAAGAUUUGGAUCCUGACUGGGGACAAACAGGAAACGGCCAUCAACAUUGGACAUUCCUGCAGACUGCUGACCAAAAACAUGGGAAUGCUUGUGAUUAAUGAAGACACUCUCGAUGGAACAAGGGAAUUACUCAGCCACCACUGUGGAAUGCUGGGAGAUGCCCUCUACAAGGAAAACGACUUUGCUCUCAUCAUCGAUGGAAAGACUCUAAAAUACGCCCUCACGUUCGGAGUGCGGCAGUACUUCCUGGACCUCGCCCUCUCCUGUAAAGCUGUCAUAUGCUGCAGAGUGUCUCCCCUCCAGAAGUCAGAGGUGGUGGAGAUGGUCAAGAAGCAGGUGAAGGUGAUCACACUGGCCAUCGGCGACGGUGCCAAUGACGUGGGAAUGAUCCAGACGGCUCACGUCGGCGUGGGAAUCUCGGGCAACGAGGGCCUGCAGGCGGCAAACUCCUCCGACUACUCUAUUGCCCAGUUCAAAUACUUGAAGAAUCUGCUGCUCGUCCACGGGGCCUGGAAUUACAACCGUGUGGCAAAGUGCAUCCUGUACUGCUUCUACAAGAAUAUUGUCCUCUAUAUCAUUGAGAUCUGGUUCGCAUUUGUCAAUGGCUUCUCCGGUCAGAUUCUUUUUGAACGCUGGUGUAUCGGCUUGUACAAUGUGCUCUUCACUGCUCUGCCUCCACUCACUCUGGGAAUAUUCGAGCGCUCCUGCAGGAAAGAGAACAUGUUGAAAUACCCAGAACUCUACAAAACCUCCCAGAAUGCCAUGGGAUUUAAUACCAAGGUCUUCUGGGCCCAUUGUCUGAACGGCCUCUUCCACUCCGUCAUUCUCUUCUGGUUCCCCCUUCAAGCCUUCCGGCAUGAUACGGUCUUUGGCGACGGAAAAACCCCCGACUAUCUCCUCUUGGGCAACAUGGUUUAUACAUUUGUCGUCAUCACAGUUUGUCUUAAAGCCGGACUUGAAACCUCGUCCUGGACCAUGUUCAGCCACAUCGCCAUAUGGGGAAGCAUCGGCCUGUGGGUGGUGUUUUUCCUCAUCUACUCCUCCCUGUGGCCUCUCAUUCCACUGGCUCCCGACAUGUCAGGCGAGGCAACCACGAUGUUCAGUUCGGGGGUCUUCUGGAUGGGCCUGUUCUUCAUCCCGAUCACCUCGCUGGUCUUUGACGUGGCCUACAAAGUGGUGAAGAAGGUGUGCUUCAAGACUCUGGUGGACGAGGUGCAGGAGCUCGAGGCUUUAUCCAAAGACCCAGGAGCAGUAGUGCAUGGGAAGAGUUUGACGGAGAGGGCCCAGCUCCUGAAGAACGUCUUUAAGAAGAGCACAGUCAGUUUGUACCGGUCCGAGUCCAUGCAGCAGAACCUGCUACACGGCUACGCCUUCUCUCAAGACGAGAAUGGAGUGGUGUCUCAGUCCGAGGUCAUCAGAGCGUACGACACCACCAAACAGAGAACCAACGAGUGGUGAGCUGACGGCCUUCUCGUUCCCGGGCCGGCCAAACCAGGAGCCACAGCAGACGUCUACUGUGGCGGGUAUUUGAAUCUUAACACACAGAGAGAGAGAGAGAGAGAGAGAGAGAAGCAGAGGUGCGAGCACUUGCCUCCACCUUGGACGGGGAUUUUUUGGACAUGGACAGAAAGGGGGAAAGUGACAUUGUGUAAUUUUUUUUUUGAAAACAGGGAAGGGUGGGGAAAAAAAGACCAACAAAACAAAGGAAUCAACCGUGUUCACUAUCAGCUGUAGUUGUGUUUCCAGCAGACGUGAAGAGCACUGUGCUUUCUUAGCAGCCUGUGGUUUAAGGUUUCUUCACUGUUUUUCUCACGGCGCUCGUCACAGCGGUCGCGUUUGCCCGUAGCCAGAAUCACUUAAUCCAAUUGAAAUCAAACACUGUUAUCAACCGAGUCAAAUCACUGGACGAUCGAUUAUUAUUAUUCGCUUUUGAAAAAAAAAAAAAUAAAGAUUCAAACUUGUGAGAGAUUGCCAAAGAGCAGUCGUGGAUACAAUCUUCCAAGUACUAGUGAAUUCGGGAAAACUCCAAACCAAAUGUAAUCACUCCCGAGUGUUUUCCAGCACUAACCGGACCACAUCAGAGCCGAUCAGUCAUAAUUUCACUUUAUUAUUUUUCUUCUUUUUUUUUGCACUUACUGAAGCAUCGCUUGUGUAAAAGCCUUACAUUUUGCUCAUGCCUUCAUCCACAGGUCUAUUUUUAGGUUCACAUUUUAAAAAAAAUGUUUUUAGACGCCGUCGUUUUCCACCGUUUCACAGCAGAAGCGUUUGCUUCUGACUGACAAUGGCAUUCCACACGUCACCUCUGUCUCAACUCUCACGAUGGUGCCUACAUAGAACUUCUCCCUCCCUUAGAUGGAAAAAAAACACACACCACAUAUAGUAGCCAAGAAUAGUUGAACCACGCUAGUUUAGACCAGUCGCUCCACACACACUGACAAAAAUCACUGUCUCCUCCUCCCCCCCACCACAGUAUUGCACUCGUAAUAGUGAAAGCUGCAGAGUCGCAGGUUUGUUCCUGAAAAGGUGAACGGGUGACGAUGGUCUCGUCGGAAGCUUAAAAGUCUUGAUAAGUGUUUUCCCCUUAAAAUGGAGAUUUUAUCCUUAUAACAUAAGUGCCAUUAUCUUAAGGGAGAGAGACAUAAUAUUAGCCAGAAGAAAAAGAAAAAAAAAAAAAAAAGAAGCUCCACGACAUUAUCAAAACUACUUUGUCUCUAUAGUUAUUUCGUGGAUUUGUAUUUUUAUAUUGGAGAUGUAUGGAUUUUUUGCAUCGACUGGCUUUGUAACGACUCGUCCGUGUAACGUUCGUUUUUUUUCUCUCUUCUGACAAACGGGCAGGUUAGAGUAGGUGGAACGAGGAAACUAAGCUUUCGUAAAUGUCUCUCAUUAUUAUUAUUAUUAUUAUUGUUGUUAUUAUUGUCGACAUUAAUAUCGUUCUCGCUUGAUUUAUUUAUGAUUGGCCACUUCACUGUAACGUCUGCGUGAUUGCGUUCUUCUCCCUAUGGGAGAUCACAUUUGUUUGGGCAGUGCAAGUGUGAGUCGGUUUAUCGCCUGCAUGUGCAUGUGUGCGUGUGUGUAUAUGUGUGUGUGUGUGUGUGUGUGAGACCUCAACAAAGGACAGAUUCUGUGUAUGCGCUGCAUGUGUGUGUCCAUGUUUGACAGGGAGCGUCUUUGAUGUGUGCGCGUGUGCCAGAGAUUCGCUUCAGUUGUUUGUCUGCACGACUCCAGUUAUAGCUAUGGUGUACUACUGUGUGCUGAUGCAUGGUUUUUAUGGGAGAGUGUGUGUGUGUUUGUGUAUGACUGUGUGUGUGUGUGUGUGUUUGUGUAUGACUGUGUGUGUGUGUGUGUUUGUGGUCAAACUCCCGACUGUGAGAAUUUCUGACGCUUCGCUCGCUUCAAACAAGGAGAUGUUGCACAAUGCACUCGAUGUACCUUUGUCCAGUAGUGGAUGUUUGGUAUAAUCUGGUUUUGGUAAAUUAUUUUUUUUUUUAGUGUACAUGGCUGUUUUAAUUUUGUUUUGUUCUUUAUGCACAAGUUCUUUUGCGUUAGUGAGGGGUUUUCUCUGCUGGUCUUUAAUGUCUCAAAAAACUUUAACUGGUCGUCAUCUUGUCCCAAAACUUUCCAAACCGCUGAAUGUGGAUGUCGUCGUCGUCGUCGUCGCCGUGGUCGUGGAAGGCUUGACUGUUGCUUACUCUUUUUCCAGAAAA